AUGAGCGUUUGUCGCUUUGCUGAAGAACUGGAGCAGCGAAACACGUGGCAAGCGCUGCUACACUCACCUGAUCGCUACGAACCACCGAGUCAGUCCGGGCGAGUAGGCGCAGUCCCCGAGUUCCGUCAACCUUAUGUUCUACUUGAAACAAAAUUGGACUGUUUUCGAGAAAUACACUCAUUUGCAAAUCAAGUUGGUUUUCACGAGAGACUCACCUGGAACCCAGCUGAUUCUCUCCAACUGAAACAUGAGGCGGCCUGGUGCAGCACAUUCAGUUGCCUGGAGAUAUCACAAAUGAGAGAUCCAGCUCGGUUCCAGGUGAGUCUCUCGAAGAAACAAAUUAGUUUGCAAAUGGACUUGUGGUUCUUUCGCGAACAACCUCACAGUCAUUGCGAAUUACCAGGGUUAACCUAA